CAAGGUGUCCCCCGCCUUCGCCCGAGUCAGCUGGGAUAGGCUCCAGCACCCACCGCGACCCUAGUGAGAAUGAAGCGGUGUAUAGAGGAUGCAUGGAUGGAUCCUCAUCCUCAUCCUCAUCCUCAUCUUCCUCCGAGGGGAGUACCACAUGGCAGCGUUUGGAAUUCACAACAGGCUACACGGUGGUGAAAGAACUGAGAGCUGGAGGCUUUGGAAGAGUGUUGGAAUGUGUGAAAAACAACACUGAAGAGCACGUGGCUAUAAAGGUGCCCAUACGGCACAAUCUAGACCAUGAGGCGGACAUCCUGAAAAAGCUCAUGAGCCACAACUCGAAGGAGUCCAACAUCAUUGAGUACAAAGGAGACUUCUUCAUAGACAAUAAGCGGCUCCUGGUGCUUGAAAAGUUGGACAUCGACCUGUGGGACUAUGUGGAGAGUUUACCACAGCCAAUGCGACUGGAAGACGUCCGCACAGUUAUUCAGCAGGUGGCUGUAGCUUUGAAUGCAGCAAAGAGUGCUGGCAUAAUCCACGGUGAUGUGAAGGAGGAUAACAUCAUGAUGGUGGAUCACGUGAAGCAGCCCUUCAGAGUCAAGCUCAUUGACUUUGGUAUGGCCAAGUACAGGUCGGAAGCCAAAGCAGGAGAGCUAUUCCAAGUACUUGAAUAUAGCUCCGACGCAUGA